AUGGUCACUAUGCUGAGUGGUUACCUACUGGCCGUCUUUGGGCUCUGCGCCACUGCCCUCGCUAUACCAUCUCAAAUCCCCUUUUCGUCUAUUGACAAUGUUAGGAAGAUAGAUACCUGGGCAUUGAACCCUACUGGAGAUGCAGCUGUCACUCGGGUUGUAAGUGGGUCUCAACACGAGCUUCACCUCCUCGCGAUCAAUGCUCAAUUCACUGUACCAUCAGUCUUAUAUGGUGCCGCAAAUGCUCAGGCUAGGUAUACUUUCCUAGAUGACCAGACAGUUCUGACUGCGACGCCCCAGUCCGAGGGUCACGAAGGAGCAUGGGAUUUGACCACACAGACACUCAACUACACGACACUUCCACCGGCUUAUCCACCUUCAGCUAGCAAGGCCAACAAGCUCGGCGAAGUGGCUUUGGGCAACGAUCUGAAAGAGCUGGUUCACUCUGAACAAGCGGGUGUACUAACUGUGGUGCUUCCUGAAGACCUCGUCCUAAUUGAAGUGGCUCAGCACGAAGAGGGAUGGACGAUCAAGGAAGAGCCACGAAUAGUGAAGCACAAGGAUUUAAUUUACUUAUUUGACCUUCGAGAUACCUCCUCGUCUCCGGUAUUACUUCGUCACUCUACCAAGUCACAGCUGACUUCAACGGCGUUUGGCGAUGGCGAGAACAUUGCUUGGUUGUCAGAUCAUCGAUUGUGGUUAUCCGUUGGAAGAGACCAGUGGGAAAUUCAACUGAACUUCGAUCUCUCCUCUGAGAAGAUCACUUUCUCAAAAGACGGGAAAGCGAUAUACCUCGUUGCUCCUCAUGACGACCAACAAUCUCUAUUCCACCUUUGGGCCCCCUCCAGGUCUGAAACAAAACCAAUAACGCCAGUCAGGAUCCCGUCGAACGGUACGAUACACUCCGCCAUCCACGUAGGGAUCACACCACUUGAUCAUGCCCAUUUGAUAGGUAUCAAGAGUGAUUCGGCGAAAGGUGAAGGAAAAGAAUUAUGGGUCAUCAGUCAUUCGCCUCAUGAGGAUCCUACGUAUAAUUAUGAGAAUAUCAGGUUGACUUACUUCACUUGA